AUGACAAACGAUUCAAUCACUAAGAGAGAAGAUCCUGGGGCAUUCACAAUCCCGUGCAUAAUUGGCAUGCUCCAAUUCGCUAAAGCCUUGUGCGAUUUAGGACCAAGCAUCAACUUGCUCCCCAAUGCAAUAUACAAACAACUUGGUUUGGGUGAACCAAAGGGGUCCACAAUGGAACUCCUUAUGGAUGAUCGAUCAAUCAAGCACCCAGUGGGGAUACUCUAUGACAUAUUGGUAAAAGUGGAUCGGUUCAUCUUUCCGGUUGAUUUUGUGAUUCUAGAUUGUGAAAUCGAUGAAGAAAUCCCUAUUAUUUUAGGAAAGCCAUUCUUAGCUACCGGGAGAGCAUUGGUGGAUGUUGAAAGCGGGAAAUUGAAGUUCCAUGUGAACGAUGAUGAGGUGACCUUCAAUAUAUGUAAAUCAAUGAAGCAACCAAAUAAUAUCCUUAUGGUGUCUACUGAGGAUGUGAUAGAUGAGGCAAUGUCAAGUGUGAGUCAUUUAAUGUGCAAGAAUGAACCCCUUGAAUCUGUACGUGCCAAUUAUGAUGAAUCUGAAGUUCAGGGCUCUGAGGAAGCGGUAGUUUCUUUAUCAGGAUUAGGAGCAUAUUCAAGGAAUCCAAUCAAGUUGGAUAUCGACCUGAAAAAUAGAGAAAGUCCCCCUGCAAAUCCAUCGAUAGAAGAACCAUCAAAUCUGGAGUUAAAAGCCUACCCUCUCAUCUCAUAUAUGCCUUAUUAG